ACGGGGGGGGGAGCCCGGCCAGACGUGCCGGGAGUCACAGGGUAACGCACGUCGCCGCCGUCCACCCACUCGGCCGCAUUUAACCCGGCCCUCCGCCUCCCUCCGCUCCUCAGCCGGCGAGGCGGGGACGCGGCAUGAGCUGCCCGCGCUGAGCUCGGCACCGCUUCGCACCGCUCCGCUCCUCCCGGCUCCCGCGGCACCGCACCGCUCCGCGCCCCCAUGGAGCGCAUCCCCAGCGCGCAGCCCCCGCCCGUGUGCCUGGGCAAGCUGCCCGCCCUGGAGAGCGCCGAUGUGCCGGGGUAAGGCUGCUGGGGGGACAGGACGAGGAGAGCGUCCCCCCGCCGCGGCCCCGGGGACAGGGGUAACCUCGCUGCUUUCGUUUCGCCCGUGCAGGCUGGACUUCGCGCACAUGUACCAAGUGUACAAGCCCAGGAGGGGGUUAAAGAGGAGCGAGGACAACAAGGACACCUACAAGCUGCCCCACAGGCUGAUAGAGAAGAAGCGGCGCGAUAGGAUCAACGAGUGCAUCGCCCAGCUCAAGGACCUGCUGCCCGAGCACCUCAAGCUGACGACCCUGGGCCACCUGGAGAAGGCGGUGGUGCUGGAGCUGACCCUGAAGCACGUGAAGGCGCUGACAGCGCUCAUCGAGCAGCAGCAGCAGAAGAUCCUGGCGCUGCAGAGCGGGCUGCAGGCGGGUGACCUGUCAGCGAGGAGCCUCGACUCCAGCCAGGAGAUGUUCCGCUCCGGCUUCCAGCUGUGCGCCAAGGAGCUGCUGCAAUACGUGGCCAAGCACGACAACAAGGAGCUGAAGGCGGCGCAGCUGGUGGGGCACCUGCACCGCGUGGCGGCCGAGCUGCUGCCGGGCGGCCCCAAGGACCUGAAGGAGAAGGCGGUGCCGGGGGGCAAGGCGGGCGAGGGGCGCGGGCAGAACUGCGUGCCCGUCAUCCAGAGGACAUUCGCUGCCUCCAGCGGGGAGCAGAGCGGCAGCGACACAGACACGGACAGCGGCUACGGGGGGGAGCUGGAGAAAAGCGACUCCAAACCGGAGCAGCCCUAUUUCCCAAAGGAUACCGAACUGAAAUACGCCGUCCAGGAGAGGAUCGGCUCCAUCAAGCAGGAGAGCGAGGACCCUCCAGCCAAGAGGAGCAGGCUGGAGGUGCCCGAUGAUGACAGCCCCUUUGGCGGCGAGGUGAUGGGCGCCGCGGGCGGCUUCCUGCCCCCCCACGCCCACCAGCCCCCCCUGUGCCUGCCCUUCUACCUGAUCCCGCCGUCCGCCACCGCCUACCUGCCCAUGCUGGAGAAGUGCUGGUACCCGGCCUCUGUCCCCGUGCUGUACCCCGGGCUGCCCGCGCCCGCCGCCGCCGCGCUCACCGGCUUUGUGGGCCCCGAUAAGCUGUCCCCUCCACUGCUGCUGCCCCAGAGACUGCCCUCCCCGGGGCCCACCCGCUCCCCCAUCGACUCCUCGGCCCUGCUGCAGGCGCUGAAGCAGAUCCCCCCGUUGAACUUGGAAACCAAAGACUAAGCGCGGCGUGGGUUUUGGUUUUUUGUCCUUUUUUUUUUUUUUUUUCCAGUUUGAGACCGUUUCACUUUUAUGCAUUGGCUGGAGGGAGGUGUGGGCCGCGGCUCGCGGCGUGCAGGGAGCCACAUCCCUGUCCUCUGUGCCAGGGAGCGUGCAGGAGGAUGAAGGAGGCACCCGGGUUGGUCGUGCGGAGCUGCUUCCAAAAGGACAAGAAAAGAGCUCGAUGCUUUCCGCCCCCCUCUCUGCACCCACAGAAUGGGUUGGCUCAGUCAGCUGCCGUGUGUCAAAGCUGUGAAAAAACACCCCGAGAGGCAGAUGUGGGGAUGUAGGGUCUGGAUGUCCCCAGUGGAAGGUAUGGACGGCCCUGCUGCAGGGUACGGGUGCCCUCCGUGGUAUGUCGGGGGCUCUGAGCUGUAGGGUCUGGGUGACCCUGAUGGUACUUUGGGGGCUCUGAGCUGUAAGGUCUGGAUGUCCCCAGUGGAGGGUCAGGAUGUCCCCCACGGUGCCUUGUGCUGUAGGGUCUGGCUGUCCCCAGUGGUACUUUGGGGGCUCAGCGCUCCCAGCCCGGCCGUGCGCCGGUCAGUGGUUCAGGCAGGCUGAAGAUGGGUUUCUCUCCUCACCUUUGCUGAUACAUAUUUUAAUAAAUAAAAGGUAGAUGCUG